GAAUCAGUUUGGCAAUAUCCAACUUGACUCUCUUUCUACUGCGCAUGCGCCUGGUGAAAUUUUAUCACAGCGGUUAUAUCCUGUGAAAAUGCUGGUGGAUAAUUGGAAGUUCAUUGAUUCAUAAUAAUAUUUUGUAAAUAGAAUUUGUUUACCAAACAGAAGUGCUAUCUUAAUUCGCUUUUCUUGCGCAAAUGAUCAAAUGUAAUUACAGUUUAUAAUGGAUAGCGAUCAACCUGCCAAUUUCAUUUGUAGAUUUUGCAAAUGUUCUUUCUCUAAAAUACAGUACUUAUUUAAACAUGUGCAGCAAGUACAUACUGCACGUCCACCUACGAAAAAUAGCCGCACUUGUCCAAUAUGUGGAAUUGUAUUUGGAAUUGGUGGAAAAAACGAAAGUUAUAAAACACAUUUACGACAUAUACACGGUCAGCGUGACGAGGGACAGAUCUUUACAUUCAGAUGUUUUAAUGAUUUCUUUCUCUGGAAAACAGAAUUGGAAAAAAGGUCCUCCUGUAAAUAUGCAUUGCAAUCAGCUCCAAAAGUAUUACCUACCAAUGAAAAAAUUCAUGUAUAUCAAUGUGAUCAAACAUCCCACAAAAAGAAAAAAUUUAAUGUUUCUAAUAUCUCCAGUUCGAAGUGCCCAGCCAUGAUUUGUGCAACGGAAAAUAUGAAAAAUCUGGAAAUAAAAGUAGAUUACUGGAAUACUCACGUUGGACAUUCAGUUCAAGUUGAACAAGAUGAGUUAAAUGCAGCCAUAAGCUCUGUUCAAGAAGAAGAUUCCCAUGUCAAGGUUAUGGAUAUGCUUAACAGCAUUGGUCAAGGUGUUGAAACUGGUGCUGAAGUGUUUGUCACUGAAACUCUUGAUGAAAGUAUUCCAUCCACUUCAUCGUCACGGAAUAUCCCAAUGAAUAUGUUUAAUAUUAAAAGGGGUAAAUCAACUAAAGUCAAUUUACCUCAAACUUCUCCUAUUGUACCAAAUUUUUCCUUCAAAAAGGAUCCUUCUAAAAAGAAAGAAUCAUCUAUUUACAGUUUAGCAUCAGUUGCCUGUGGAAAAGUUAGUGCAAAUAAAGUGAAUAUAAAUAAAUCAGCUAGUGCACAAUUUCAAGAUUUAGUAAAGAAUAUUGCAAAGAAAAAUUCAGGCACUAUAAUUACCCAUAAAGCCACAGUGGCAUCUGAAAGAAGUUUUCAGAAAGAAGCAGAUUCCGAUAAAACAAAUGACAGCUUUAAUAAUGAAUUUCCUUCAAAUGACAUUGACCUAGUUUCUGAUACUAAAGAAGCUAGCACUACAAAUAUUCAUCCUUCUAGCAUAGGUGGGAGAUAUAUUGCAAUUAAUCCAAUGCCGCCAAAUAAACCUUCAUCAAGUGAAUUAAAUAUUUCAAAUGAAAUUUCUUCUAUUGGGAAUUUAUCUGAAACAUUAACAGGAAAAUCAAUGUCAGACAAAGAAAAUUUUUCAUUGGUUAGCAAUAAAAAUAGUAAAUCACUCAACAAGACUACAUCUCGAUCAUUAUUAAAAUCUAAUACUAAGAACGCUGAGAAUUCUAUUUCUACAAAAAAUGGAAUAUUGGAGCAGAAUUCAAAAUCUCUUGGAGUAAUUAAUACAGAUACACCUCAAAUUAUAUUAGCAAGUGUUCCUGUUCCACAACCGAAUUUGAGUUCGCUAAUUGGUACAAAACCAGGGCCUUCUCUUUAUUCUGCUAUUGCUCAAAGUCCUAACCCCACUUCUCAUGUAGUUUCUCCUAUGACUCAAACUUAUUUGUCUAUCGACAAUAAAUUGAUUCCUGUUGUGAAUGCACCAGGGACAGCCCUUAAUCCAAAUUUAGGCUCUGGUAUUAUUUUAUCUUCUGCAUUGCCACAGUUUACAAGUGGCCAAAUGGCUCCCAUGCCAUUACCAACCUUGACACCUUCAUUUACUGGAUCCUUCCCAGGGGGAUUAUUUUCAUCUAACAAACCUUUACUUGCUGGUGCAAAUGAAAAAAGUACUUCAUCUCAAGCACAGAGUGUCUCAUCCCUUUCAACAUCCUUUUCUAAUGCCCCUGUUGUUUUAAUACCCUAUACAAACAGUUCACCUGUUCCAUCUUUAUUACAAUCAAAACCAUCUGCAAGUCUCUCUUCCCCUAUGGUUUUACAAACUGUAAGGCCCAUGACAUCUUUAUCUACGAACUCAUUAGUCACAAAUUCACUUGGAAAUCUUGGUCCAAAUCCUUUAGCAAAAACCGUGCCAGUUGCCUUGGGAAAAUUUGAAAAUUCUCCGUCUACAGAUGUAGCAAGCUCUUCAAACACACUCAAGGUUCAAAAGGUUUCUCUUCCUACUGCAAACAGCACUCAUUCGGCUACCUCAAGUACAAAUGUUGUAGUUGAUGCUAAACCUGUUUCUUCUCAGUCUAGCACUAGGAAUCCUGUUACUUUAAAUUCUACAACUGUCAGCUCAACUCCAGAUAAUUCUAAAACGGCCUCUUCUCAGCCUAGUUUAGGUAAACCAGUAGCUUUAAAUUCUAAAACCAAACCAAAUGUAAAUAUUUCUAAAAUAUUUGAGUCUAAGAAUCACAAGCCAGGCACUUUUGUUUUUGAAUCAUCAGGGGAACUUUUUAUGUUAGAACCUGUAGAUGAUGAUCUUGUGAUUAAAAAAAAUACUACACCCGUUACAUCUACACCUUUAAAGAAAAAUGAAAUUUCAAUAACUGAUUCUACUACAGAUGAUUCUUCAUCAACAAAUGCUUUAUCUACUACAAAAAGAAAACAUUCCCCUGAAGAUGGUUCAGAUGUAAAAUAUAAAAAAUUUAAAGAAGUUUUAUCUUCAAAACAAGGUGUAAGUGCUGUUUAUGAUGCUUCCACAAAAUCUGCAUAUAUAGUCAAUGAUGAAGCACCUUUAUUUUCAGAUAGUUCUGAAGAUAAUUCUAAUUCAUGUGCAAGCGGUAUUUCAAAUUCCCAUAAAGAUUCUGAUGAUAUUAAAUCUAAAUCUGGAAGUGUUUUAUCUUCUAAAAAAGCCAAAAUAUCAACAAGUGAGACUUCUGUUACCACAAAAACUUCUGUAAAAGUCCAGAAUAAAACAUUUUUACCUGAAGGUAAAAGUAAAACAAAACAUUCUCCAUUUACAAACUUAUUUCCAACUAAAUCAUCAUCGAUGUUGACUGUUAAAACUGUCCCUUCAUUAGCUAUGCAACCAAGCAAGCCCAUAGCUUCUUUCAUAAGUUCUACAAGAACUCAGGCAUCCAAUUUAAUACUCUCAUCUUCUAGUCCAAAUUAUAUUUCAUCUAUUCAGAAUGCAGAAUCUUCAACUGAGCAAACUACUUCAAAAGUUAAAAACAUGUCAGAUAACACUUGUACUUCUGAGCCUAAGGAAACAAGUGAAAGUGAGCUUGAAAAGCAACCUGAAGUCAAAAGAGGUGUUACAAUCAAAUCAGUUGUACAAGAAAAAAGAUGUAUUACUGACAGUGACAUAGAGAUAAUGAAAAAAGUGAAAUUUUAUAAAUUAGAAAUGCAAUAUUAUUCAUGUCAAGAAGAGUGUAAAAAGUUAAAGAUUGAACUCGCAAAGUCCUUAUCCAAAAACAAGGAAUUAAUGCAAAUUAUUGAAGAUCUGAAGAAAAAUGAAAAUAGUGUUAAAGAAAAUGCUGAUGUCAUUAAAAAGAGUCCUUUAACCAAAGAAUGCGCUACUGAAAACAACGAUGCGAAAGUCAUUCACAAUGUUGCAACUACAGAUGGCAAUUCGAAAGAUAACAAUACCAAAGACAACCAAGAUUUGGAAAUACUGCCACCACCUAAAGAAGAUUUCCUUAAACAAAGUGGGGAUGAGGAAUCAAUUUGUGAUACUGUACCUGAAAUGUGUGACAUUAAUUCUGACAAAGUAAUUAAUAUAGUAGAUGAAAAUAGUAAUAAAUCGGAAACUGUAUCAAUUCCUGAUACACCCGUAGCUCCUAAUACAGAUAGCAUCACUUCUGACCAGGAAAUGAUAGAUAUGUUAGAUGAAAAUAAUGAUGAUAACAAAGCAAAAGAUGAAUCAAUCCCUGAUACAAUUAUUGCUUCUAAUACAAUUGACAUUACAUCUGAGGAAAUGAUAGGCAUAUCAGAUGAAAGUAGUGAUAGUGGCAAAGCGGAAAAUGUUAAAGAAAAUAUUUACCAUACUGAUUUGAAACAAAAUAAAUUAGAUGAAAGUAAGGAUAAUACAGUUCUUAGUGUAUCUAAGGAAAUAUCUGAAAAAGAAUCCAGCAGUACAUCAGAUUCUGAAAUGGUUUUCAAAGAGCAUGAUAACACAAAAGCUGAUGUCUACACAAUGGUUCGAACUUCUGUUCUUCGUAAUUUGUAUUUAGAUAUAGAUGAUCUUUGUCGAGAGAAAAGGAAACUACUUGAAGAUGUGGAGAAUUUGAAAAAAUUUCACCCUGAAUUUGUGCCUUCAAUUCUAGAAUGAGAACAAUAAGGAAUAAGUGCCUUUUUAUUGUAAAUAUCACUUUAUGGAUCAUGGAACACUAAUGUAUACAACAUGUUGUAAAUAUUGUUUGUACAGAUGUUAUUACAAAUUGUUUUAAGUAUUUUAUCCAUAAAAUGUGUCAAAAGAGACCUGUUGUAUAAAUAUAUUUAAUUAAAGAAAUUUUUUUUACAAAA